UCGCCCCCAGACCGCGAGGAGGCGCUAUUAUGCGCCAAAGUGACACAAGGAAGCUAAUAACUCCACUCCACAAUAAUAUUACCAAAGUACAGGGAAACUGUAAAGGAGCUCUCCCUGUUCAGAUGGGAUGGCAACUCUAACCAGCGAAAGGAGGGCUUUUGCGCACAAGAUUAACAGGACAGUAGCGUCUGAGGUCAGGAAGCAAGUUUCCCGGGAAUAUGGCUCUCCGCAGCUGUCCAAAAAACGUGCUGGAGCUCAUCAACCGGUGCCUCUGACGGAGGUGGUGGAGCCAGUGGACUAUGAAGAGUAUGUUAGCAGCCAUCCACCAGGAGCAGAGGCCGGACCCCUCAGACAGCUGCUGGAGUUCCCCAGCGAUGACCUGGAGCUGCUGUUGCAGGAGAGAGAGUGUGCUACCAUAGAGCCGGCAGUCCCUGAGGAGGACUCGCUGGACCCCAGAGUGAGGGAUGCCUUGGGGGUCUACACCGAUGACUGGCUCAUCAUCCAGAGGAAGUAUCAACGAUACAGCACGACACAGACGCCUCAUAACUCUGAGCGGCAGCGGGAGAAGCAGAAAGGACUCAUCAAACAGACCUUUGAGCUGGACGAGGCAGCCGUUGAUCGUCAGGAUGAGCAGGAUGACUCCAAGAGGCACUCGGUGUCGCUGGAUGAGACACCACGUGGGAGCUGGGCCUCCAGUAUAUUUGACCUGAAAAACUCCACACCUGAUGCGCUGCUGCCUUCUGUGCUGGAGCGCACGGCUGCGGAGGACAUGGACCGCCGCAACGCUGAGAACCGCCAGCAGUGCCGCCACACAGAUCUGCUGGGACUUUACCCUGCACCGGAUGAGGACGAGGCCGUCGAGAGGUGUGCCGUCCCAGAGGUGCCCAAAGAGCACACCGGCCAGAAGAUUAUGGUCAAGUGUUUGUCGCUCAAAUUUGAGAUUGAAAUCGAGCCAAUAUUUGGAUCACUGGCUCUGUAUGAUGUCAGAGAAAAGAAAAAGAUUUCGGAGGAUUUUCACUUUGACCUGAAUUCGGAUCAGAUAAAGGGCCUGCUCCGACCCCACAACCCCCACGUAGCCAUCUCCACCCUGGCCCGGUCUGCUAUCUUCUCCAUCACAUACCCAUCUCCUGACAUCUUCCUAGUCAUUAAGCUGGAGAAAGUCCUUCAACAGGGAGAUAUCGGCGAAUGCUGUGAGCCGUACAUGGUAAUGAAGGAAUCUGACUCCACUAAGCAUAAGGAAAAGCUGGAGAAGUUGAGGGCUCAGGCUGAGCAGAUGUGCUCUAGGCUGGGCCGUUUCCGGAUGCCCUUUGCCUGGACUGCAAUUCAUCUGCUGAACAUCGUCAGCAGCGUUGGAGGGAUGGACCGCUCAGAUUCAGACUCAGACACGGAGCGUAAGGGGACGUGGAAUGAGAGGAAGAAGAAAGGUUUUGAGAGAAUGAGUGUAGGAGAGGACAUGUGCAACUUCACUAACUUCCGCCCAGCCACUCUCACGGUCACCAAUUUCUUCAAACAGGAGGGGGACAGACUGAGUGAUGAAGACUUAUAUAAGUACUUGGCAGACAUGAGGAGGCCGUCAUCUGUCCUGCGUCGACUCAGACCUGUGACUGCUCAGUUGAAGAUAGACAUCUCCCCGGCUCCAGAGGCCCCUCACUACUGUCUGUCUCCAGAGCUGCUUCAUGUGAAGCCUUAUCCUGACCCACGUGUGCGACCCACCAAAGAGGUGCUGGAGUUUCCCGCUCGCUACGUUUACACCCCUCACACUACCUACAGGAACCUGUUGUACAUUUACCCUCAGACUGUCAACUUCAGUAGCCGUCAGGGUUCGGUGAGGAACAUUGCAGUGAAGGUGCAGUUCAUGGCAGGAGAGGAUCCCAGCCAGGCCAUGCCUGUCAUCUUUGGAAAGUCAAGCUGUGCAGAGUUUUACAAGGAGGCGUACACCCCAGUGAUCUACCAUAACAAGUCCCCAGAGUUCUACGAGGAGGUAAAGAUGAAGAUUCCCGCCAACCUCACCGACAACCACCACCUGCUCUUCACCUUCUAUCACAUCAGCUGCCAGCCCAAGCAGAAUACCCCCUUGGAGACGCCCGUGGGCUACACGUGGAUCCCCCUCAUGCAGCACGGCCGCCUGCGCACCGGCUCCUUCAGUCUGCCUGUCUCUGUGGAGAAACCUCCACCCAGCUACUCAGUCCUCACUCCUGAUGUGCAGCUACCAGGAAUGAAAUGGGUGGACAACCACAAAGGAGUCUUUAAUGUAGAAGUGAGGGCAGCCUCCUCAGUUCACACACAGGAUCCACACCUGGAUAAGUUCUUCACACUUGUGUAUGUUCUGGAGGAAUACUCGUUCCCUUUUCGGCUGAAGGAUGUUAUAAUCACAGAGUCGAAUGUGGAGGCGGAGCUGAAGGCCAGCAUGGCUGCUCUUAAGGGGGCACUGCUGGACACUUGCGUGCGCUUCCUGCAUCAACUGAUGAGCAAAUUGAUACUGCUAAUUGUACAUCCUCCUGUUAUAGCAGGACAGAUCGUAAAUCUUGGCCGAGCUGCCUUUGAAGCCAUGGCCCUGCUGGUAAACCAGAUCCAUAAGAACUUGGAGGGAAACCAGGACCAUCAUGGUCGUAACAAUCUGCUGUCCUCCUACAUUCACUACUGCUUCCACCUGCCUACAACUGAGCCUGUAUCUCCCCCUGCUGUGGGAGCCGCAUCAUAUGAGCUCCCCAUCCAGUAUGCCACGCUCUCUAGGGCAAUGGCAAGACCCAGUAGCCUGCUUCUGUCCCGCUCCAAGAGCAUUAGUAACUCAAACCCUGACCUGGCUUCUACACCAGCCACCCCUGAUGAGGAGGUGCAGAGAAUCAUUGGCAGCAAGGGAAUAGACCGCUCACAUUCCUGGGUAAACUCUGCUUACGCUCCAGGGGGCUCAAGGGCUGUGCUCCGUCGGAACCCCAACUCCAGCUGUGAGCUCAAGCAGGCCAGUGAGCGUGCCUGUAAUCGCAUGUCUGCCUUCAUCGAGACUUCCUCCAUUCUCUCUCCUCCCUCCAGGCAGAUCGCCAAGAAGUUACUUCAUGAAGAGUUGGCUCUACAGUGGGUGGUGAGCACCAGUACCGUGAGAGAGGCAUCUCUACAGCAGGCCUGGUUUUUCUUCCAGCUCAUGGUGAAGAGCAUGUCCCAUCAUCUGUUCCUGUCCUCACGCCUGGACAUGCCCCGACGCCAGCGCUUCCCAGACCGCUUUGUGGAUGACAUUGCUGCCUUAGUGUGUGCCAUCAGCGCAGACAUAGCCAGCAGAUAUCAGAAGGAUGUCGAGCUUGUGGAGAGGUUAAACAGCAGCUUGGCCUUUUUCCUCAAUGACCUGCUGUCUCUCAUGGACAGAGGCUUUGUUUUCAACCUCAUCCGCUCAUAUUAUAAACAGAUUAAUAAUAAGCUCCACACAGCUCAGAACCCCAGCUCUCUGACAGCGCUGAGGAUGGACUUCAUUCGGAUCAUCUGCAGUCAUGAGCACUACGUCACCUUGAACCUGCCCUGUGCCACCCUCAGUCCCCCCGCGUCCCCCUCGCCCUCCACAUCCUCCACCACCUCUCAGAGCUCAGCGUUCUCCUGUCAUGUUCAGGAUCAGGGUGUGGUCAGCAUGUUCGAACUGUCGGUGCCGUUCCGCCAGCAGCAUUUUCUAUCUGGCCUUCUGUUGGCUGAACUGUCACUCAUCCUUGAGCCAGACGGAGAGGGUGUGUUCUUCCUACACAAGAAGGCCAUUAGUGCGCUGCAUUCUCUGCUGUGCAGUCACGACGCGGACCCCCGCUACACAGACCCCCAGGUCCGCUCGCACAUCGCCCAGCUCUACCUGCCACUCAUCCCCAUCGUCAUGGAGACACUGCCCCUUCUCCACGACUUCACCGACAUGUCCCCACAGCGUGUACGUCACGCCUCGGCGCUCGUCGACGAUAACGACCCAGACAACGGCACCAUCAGCCAGUCUGUUGCCAUGGCGAUAGCUGGCUCACCACUCCCCCAUUCCAAAGCCAACCCUUUCACUCUGCCAUCAGUGGCGGGCCGUCAGUGUAGCGCCCUCUCUGCAGAGUGCAGCAGGACACUGCUGGUGUGUUUCCUAUGGGUGUUGAAAAAUGCAGACGCAGGACUGUUGGAGCGAUGGGUGUCAGACCUGUCUGUGCCACAGAUCAACCGCUUGCUUGAUCUUCUUCAUCUCUGUCUGUCCUGUUUCGAAUACAAGGGGAAGAAGACCCUGGAGAGGAUCAACAGUCUGACCUUUAAAAAGUCUCAGGACAUGAAGGCCCGUCUGGAGGAGGCCAUACUCGGGACCAUCGGAGCAAGACAGGAGAUGGUCCGCCGCUGCAGAGAGCGGAGUCCUUACGGAGGUCAGGAGAAUGUCCGCUGGAGGAAAAACGUCACUCACUGGAGACAGAACGCAGACAGAGUGGACAAAACCAAGGCAGAGGUGGAGCAGGAGUCGGUAGUGGAUGGAAACUUGGCAACAGAAGCUGCUCUCAUAGCCCUGGACACACUGGAGAUCAUCGUCAAAACGGUGGUGAUGUCAGAGCUAAAGGAGAGUGUGUUAGGUGGUGUGCUGAGAGCCCUUCUCCACAGUAUGGCAGGAAACCAGAGCGCCCUCUUCCUGCAGCACUGCUUCAGCACACAGAGAGCUUUGGUCUAUAAGUUCCCAGAGAUGUUGUUUGAGGAGGACACUGAGCUCUGUGCAGAUCUGUGUUUGCGGUUACUGCGUCACUGCAGCAGCAGCGUGAGCUCUGUACGCAGCCACGCCAGCGCCUCCCUCUACCUGCUCAUGAGACAGAACUUUGAGAUUGGCAACAAUUUUGCCCGUGUGAAGAUGCAGGUCACCAUGUCUCUGUCUUCACUCGUGGGAACCUCUCAGACCUUCAACGAAGAGCAUUUGCGGCGCUCUUUGAAAACUAUUCUCACGUAUGCCGAGGAUGACCUGGAGCUCAGAGAUUCCCCCUUCCCCGAGCAGGUACAGGAUCUCGUCUUCAACCUCCACAUGAUUCUCACUGACACUGUGAAGAUGAAGGAGCACCAGCAGGACCCAGAGAUGCUCUUAGACCUCAUGUACAGGAUUGCUAAGGGCUAUCAGAACUCUCCAGAUCUGAGACUCACCUGGCUGCAGAACAUGGCAGGGAAACACUCGGAGAGAGGGAACCACGCGGAGGCAGCACACUGCCUGGUGCAUAGCGCCGCCCUGGUGGCAGAAUACCUCAACAUGCUUGAAGAUUGCCGCUACCUCCCCAUUGGUUGUGUGUCCUUCCAGAGUAUUUCAUCCAAUGUGCUGGAGGAGUCGGCGGUGUCUGAUGAUAUCCUGUCCCCAGAAGAGGAGGGCAUCUGUUCAGGGAAGUACUUCAGUGAGUCUGGGCUCGUGGGACUUCUGGAGCAAGCAGCUGCCUCGUUCAACAUGGCUGCCAUGUACGAGGCCAUAAAUGAGGUUUAUAAGAUCCUCUGUCCUAUUCACGAGGCCAACAGAGACUUUAAGAAGCUCGCCUCCGUCCAUGGCAAACUGCAGGACGCCUUCAACAAAGUAUACAAUCAGAGCUCGGGAUGGGAGAGGAUGUUUGGAACCUACUUCCGUGUUGGCUUCUACGGAUGCCGCUUUGGAGAUCUGGAUGAGCAGGAGUUUGUCUAUAAAGAGCCUUCUAUCACCAAACUGGCUGAGAUCUCGCAUAGACUGGAGGAAUUUUACUCUGAACGAUUUGGUGAUGACGUGGUGGUGAUCAUCAAGGACUCCAACCCUGUUGACAAGACCAAACUGGACCCCAAUAAGGCAUUCCUUCAGAUCACAUAUGUGGAACCUUUCUUCGACACUUACGAGCUGAAGGAGCGCAUCACAUACUUUGACAAGAACUAUAACCUGCGCACAUUCAUGUACUGUACGCCGUUCACGCUGGACGGUCGGGCCCACGGUGACCUGCAUGAGCAGUACAAACGCAAGACCAUCCUCACUACCUCCCACGCCUUCCCCUACAUCAAGACCCGCAUCAAUGUCAUCCACAAAGAGGAGAUCAUUCUGAUGCCGAUGGAGGUGGCGAUUGAGGAUAUGCAGAAGAAAACACAGGAACUGGCCUUUGCCACCCAUCAGGACCCUGCAGACCCAAAGAUGCUCCAGAUGGUGCUUCAGGGUAGUGUUGGCACCACUGUUAAUCAGGGUCCACUGGAGGUGGCUCAGGUCUUCCUGUCUGAAAUUCCUGAGGACCCCAAACUCUUCCGCCAUCACAAUAAACUGCGCCUCUGCUUCAAAGACUUCACUAAAAGGUGUGAGGAUGCUCUGAGGAAGAACAAGUCUCUGAUCGGUUCAGAUCAGAAGGAAUACCACCGAGAGAUGGAGCGGAACUACACUAAACUGAGAGAAGCUCUGUUUCCCCUUAUCAACCGGAAAAUCCCUCAGCUCUAUAGACCACUGCCUCUGCCAACCACACCAACACAGAGGAAUUCUCUCAGUCGGUCCAGUUUUCGGCGGGUGGAGUGCUGAGGUGUGGCGGAGCUGAGCGCGGGUGGAUGUAAAGCCAGACGUGAACUGCCGCUCCAUCAUUUAACCCCCCCAACCGCACACUAACACACACUGCGCAUUCCUCUCUCAGGCACAAGCCCUCCUGAGCCAGCCUCUCUCCUCUGUUUACUCUGAGAGGUUAUCUGAUGUAAACAGAGUCAUUAUGAUCUUCAUGGGCACAGCAGCAUAACUGCUCAAAGUAGCCAUCAGUAGAGAAAAAUUAGCUUCUUGCUCAACUUCGGAGGUAAUUUUAGGUUUCAACCACCACACGGCAUUCAGAUGCUCCUCUGCACUUCCUCCUUUUGUUUGUUUGUGCUGUCUUUCUCAUCUUGUGCGCUUGUGUGAGUGUGAGAAAGAGGGCAACUAUAUGAGCCACAGUCCUUCCAGGCGUUUGUGAGUGUGUGAAUGUGUUGCCACAUAAACCUUGUAGUGCUGUCUGAUUUAUCUGCUUGCACUCAGUGGAUUAAAGCGUUUGUGAAAUCUCUAUGUCUUUUCUAAGACUAACCACUGACAGGCUGAGCCCAGAGACUAGCUCACUCGGAGAAGACGCGUUCAGUCUGUCACAACUGUUUUUAAAACUAAUUCUGCUGUUGGCUCAAGCACUGAUGUUGAUAAGCAAAGAAAAGCUAGAUUUGUUUCAAGACUGUAGAAUGUAUAGUGGAGAUCCCUGGAUGCGUGUCCCUUUAGGUAACAGAAGAAGAGGAGGGAAGCAUAAGACAUUAAUAUAGUCAUUAACUGUGGAAAAAGUUCCACAGCGCACUAACAAAAGAGCACACUAAAGUUCUGCACUGACUGCUAUGAAUUUUGACUGCCACUGCUCCACCGAAUCCUACUUUCAGACACGAAGGCAUUUCAAUGUUCAUGUUAUUGUAAAUGCACAUUAAUGUAAUGUAUACUGACCACGUUAUGCACAAGUAUGUAAACUGGAAAAAGGAGAAUGAUUUAGAUGUUUCCAUUUUGUGAAAAUACUGGAUGAAAUGGUUUUUGAAUGUAGAUAUUGUUCUGAACUAGCAAUACUUUCACCUUUCUACUAUAGUUGAACUGCUGUAAUAUCCAUCUUGCACUAUUUUAUUGUUUGUGUGACCUCUACUGCCUGUCUCGACACUAUACUGUGCAAAUUGCUGAUCUAAAUACUGUAUUUUUAAUUACCAAAAUGUUUUUUUUUAUUUAUUUGUAUGCUUCUUUUUUUCUUUUCCAAUUUUACUUUUUUGUAUUAAAAGAAAUUUCUCCUAA